AUGUUGAAGCAAAUAGACCUCCUCCUAACACAUCCGUACGUCUUAACUCUCCAAGAAAAGAUCGCCGAUGUGAGUGCCGCAAAUGUCGCCCUCGCAACCCUGGCGUUCGGCGCCGCCGUCGUCGCCAUCGACUAUGGGCACAUGCUGUACUUGAGGUCGAAGAUGCCCCCCGGCCCGUUUCCUCUUCCAAUCGUCGGUAAUACACUUUCGCUUCCGCAGAACAAACCAUGGCUUUUGUUCGAGGAGCUUUCCAAGAAGUACAAAACGCCCGUCAUUACAUUUUGGGUCGGCCGAAACCCAACAGUCUGGAUCAACGAUGCCUGGAGCGCACAGGAAAUUCUCGAAAAGAAGGCCCAGAUCUACUCAUCACGCCCACACAUGGUCGUCUUCGGUGAACUCGGCGACGGACAAUACAGCCUAGUGACCAUGAAAACGCAGAACCAGCAGGAUCGUGAGAGAUGGCGCGGACACCGUAAGUUGAUGCACAUGGCAGUGGGCAUCCAGACGGUGAGGAAAUAUCGCCAGGACCAGAAUAACGAGAGCAAAAUCAUCGCGCUCGACUUCCUCCGUGAGCCGAAGGAGUACGUUAAACACUUGGAGCGAUAUGCCACGAGUGUCGUAUCAAUCAUUGGCUUUGGACGCCGGGUGGCCAGUUACAAUGAUCCUAUCAUCACCGAGGUCAUCGCCCUGAUGCAACUAGCAGCUGAUCUCAAUGUGCCUGGGAAGAGCUUCCCUAUGCUGAUGGAGACGUUUCCGAUUCUUGCGAAAUUCCCUCGGUGGAUGCCUUGGAUGAGAGGCCUCGGUUCUCGCGGCAGCGGUGACGGAGAUUACUUCUACUACACCCUGAACGAGGAGGCUGUUGAGCAGUACGCCGCUAAAUCCCCAGCUGCGCAAGCAUCCAGGUCGACACCCUUCGCUCAGACCUUGUUCGAUGAGAAAGAAAAGUACAACCUCACGCGGAGGGAGAUAUCUAGUCUCACAUCGAACUUGUUCGGCGCUGGUGCCGAUACAUCCUCGAGCACUCUCGUCACAUUCAUGCUUGCGUGCUGCGUCUUCCGCGAACCCAUGUUAAAGGCCCAGGCCGAAUUGGAUGCCGUCAUUGGUCCUUCCCGCUCGCCUCACUGGGAUGACUCUCCAAACCUCCCCUACGUAAACGCCUUUGUGAAAGAAGUAUUCCGCUGGCGCAGCGUAGCCAUUAUCGGCGGGCAGCCCCAUGCUCCGACUCAGGACGAUACGUACAAGGGCUGGCUCAUCCCCGCUGGAACAUGGGUGCAGGGCAACGUUUGGGCCAUCCACCGCAACGAACGCGAAUUCCCCGACCCCGACAGGUUUAUGCCCGAGCGGUUCCUCGAGGGCAACGAGUACAAGAGGCCCUUCCCCAACGACAAGGGUUACAUGACUUUCGGAUGGGGCCGUCGCGUCUGCAGCGGCCAAGCGCUAGCCGAGCAGGGAACCUGGGUUAGCGUUGCGCGGUUGCUUUGGGCCUUUGAUAUCCGGAAGAAGAGGGAUCCCCGGACAGGCAAGGAGAUUGACCUCGACAUCUUUGCGUUCACGAACGGGUUGAAUAUUCGGCCGCAGCCGUUCGAGUGCGACAUUAUACCGAGGACCGAGGAGAUCAAGGAGACGAUAAUUAGGGAGGGUGAGGAGGCGCUGCGCGAGUUGUCCGUGUUAAAUGGCGAGAGCCAGUAUAGGCUGAGUACGUAUUACCAGACGAUGAAGGCUAAGGGCGGCACAGAGCCUGUGAUUGACGAGAAGGGGGAGCUGAAAAUGGUCAAGGUGAAGGGGUAA